CGCGUCGUGAUACACUUAGGCCGUACUGGCACUGUAAGGGUGGACGCCGCGGGGUCUGCACGAUCUACCAGACGCGUUUUAAUUAAGAGUUUCUUUUCAUCGUCUCCACGGCUUACGGUCAGAAGACAGCGUGAAGAAAGUCGAGAAAUAACAAAGCUGAGAAAUGGCGAUAGUGUGACGACGGAGAAUAACACGCGCGAGAGUGCAAUCGGUACUUGAAAAGAAAACAAAUGUGUCAAGAUUGAGUUUACCGGACUAUUUAUAACAUAGGCUGUAAACAUUGCCUACUUACAAGAUGAAUGAGUUUGGUAGACAAAAAGCAAGCAAUAAUUGGCGUGGUAGUAGUCAAAAUUUAGAAGAAAUGGAGAAUCAAGGCAGAAAUUGGGACGCAGGACAUGGAACUCUACAGCGAUUGGACAGCAUUCAGGAUCCAGGAAAGAGAUAUAUGUUAAAGAAUCGCGUUGGUUUUGGCGUAUGCGGUGAUGUUUACGAGGCGAUUGAUCAGCAAGCUGGAAAUAAAAAGGUUGCCGUUAAAAUCCAAAAGCUUACACCGGAAACGCAGUGUCUGAUCGUUGAAGAAUAUCGUAUCCUUCGUGAUUUUGCCGGUCAUCCAAAUCUUCCGGAUUUUUAUGGAAUAUAUCGCAGACGAUCCGCAAAGAAAUCCGAAUAUGACGAAAUUUGGUUCGUUAUAGAGUUUUGUGAAGAUGGAACAGUCAUGGAUUUUGUCCGUGGAAUGAUCGCAAAUGGUAGAAGAAUGCGAGAGGAACAUAUUGGCUUUAUCUUAAGGGAAGUAAUUAAGGCCUUGAUUCAUUUGCACGAGCACAACGUAAUUCACAGAGACAUCCGUGGCAGCAAUAUCGUCUUGACAAAAGAGGGUGAAGUAAAGUUGAUAGACUUUGGACUUUCCAAGACGAUGAAAAGCGAGCUUGAGAAACCGCAUACUUGCAUUGGCUCGCCUUGUUGGAUGGCGCCGGAAGUUGUCGCCGGAACCAACAGUGGAUACGACAGUCGGAUUGACGUAUGGGCGAUCGGAAUCACUGCGAUAGAAUUGGCCGACGGCAAAGCGCCGUUUGAGGGCAUGCACCCGACGCGCGCACUCUUUCAGAUCGUCCGGAAUCCACCGCCAACUCUUUACCGGCCCGCCAACUGGUCGGCAAAUCUCAAUGAUUUCAUCACUGAGUGUCUCGUGAAGAAUCCAGAGAACAGACCGUAUAUGAUGGAGAUCGUCGAGCAUCCUUUUUUGUCAGAGUUACCCGAAAACGAUUAUAUAUUGACUCAAGAAAUCAAAGCUCUGGCGAUGGAUGUUUCCGAAAAGGGCAAGGAAAAAAGAAAACCAGAAUCGAUAGUUCGUAAAGGCUUUUUGAAGAUUACUCAGAACGAACCAUCGGAACAAAUGCUUACAGAGGAUUUGGCGGCCUUAGAUGUACUAUCCGAGGACGAGAUCUUGGAUCAACUUCGUGAAAGACUACAACGGGGUGACUAUCAUACAUUUGUCGGUGAUGUUCUGCUGAUACUUAAUCCAAAUGAGGAGCACGAUAUUUAUGGCGCUUAUCAUCACAAUAAAUAUCAAUGCAAAUCGCGAUCGGAUAAUGCCCCUCACAUCUAUUCCGUAGCGGACAGCGCGUAUCAGGAUGUUAUGCACAACGAAGAACCGCAGCACAUCUUGCUAGCUGGUGAGAGCAACUCCGGGAAAACAACAAACAUGCUACAUUUAGUGGAACAUCUUACGUUUCUUGGAAGAGGUCAGCACGAUACUGGAACGAGAGUGCUACGAGCGAUACAAAUUAUUCACGCAUUUACCAACGCAGGAACGCCACUAAAUACUAAUUCGACUAGAUGUAUAUUUCAAGUACAAACGACUUACGGCUCAACUGGCAAAGCAUCGGGUGCGAUAUUCUGGCUGUAUCAAUUAGAAAAAUGGCGUGUUUCAACUCGCGAUAGAAAUCAGUCAAACUUCCACGUCUUUUAUUACUUGUAUGACGGUUUCGAGACAUCGGGAAAAUUAAAGGAGUAUUCUCUUCCAAGUGGAAGAAAGCUUCGUUAUCUCAGAAUAACUGACAAAGGUGUUGAAAAGAAACGAGCGUUCAAAAUGAGGAAUAAUCCUCAUAAUAACGCAGCUAAGUUCAAGGAACUUACGGAACAUCUUAAGUUUCUAGAUAUGGAGGAACAUUGCGAGAUUAUUUGGAGAAUUCUAGCAGCUAUUCUAAUGAUUGGAGAGAUUCGAUUUGUCGAAGGCAAUAAUGGAGAAGCUGAAUUGGACAGUAACGAAGCCGCUAACAGAGUGGCAGAACUUCUUGGUCUAGAUUCGAAAAAAUUUAUCUGGGCUCUUAUUAAUUAUUGCUUGAUUGUGAAAGGAUCGGCAGUGCGCAGAAAGCACACUUGCGAAGAAGCGGAAGAAGCGCGGGACGUCUUGGCAAAUACUAUUUAUCAGCGUUUGGUGGAUUGGAUAAUUAACAAUAUUAAUCAUAAGCUCUCACUAUCUCGUAGUCUUUUUGGCGAUAAAUAUUCUAUCAGCAUUCUCGAUCAUUUUGGAUUCGAGUGUUUUUCAAUAAAUCGAUUUGAACAGUUGUUAGUAAAUACAAUGAACGAGCAAAUGCAAUAUUAUUAUAAUCAAAGAGUAUUCGCCUGGGAAAUGCAAGAACAAGAAGAGGAAGAUAUACCUUCGCGACGGUUACGGUUUUACGAUAACAAGGAAGCGAUCGAUCAACUAAUGAAUAAAGAGAAUGGGCUUUUUCGUAUCAUCGACGACGCCUCGCGACAAUUACAGGACGCUCAAUAUAUUCUCGAAAGAAUCAAAGAGCGUAAACGUAACAUUUACGUGAAACCAGUGAGUUCGCACGAGUUCGCAAUCGCACAUUACACUGGCAAGGUAAUAUAUGACGCUAGCGAAAUAGCCACGAAAAAUCGAGACUUUGUGCCACCGGAAAUGAUCGGCACGAUGAGACUCUCGUCGCACGAUGCAAUAAAAGAAAUGUUUGCUAACAAACUAACUAAAUCGGGAAAUCUGACCAUUCAAAUCAUUGAAAAUUGUGUAACAACCGAAAAACCAUCGAAAAAGAAGUGGAAUGUUCUUAUGCAGGAAUCUUCCAAGCCUCGAAAGUACAAUACAGCGUCUAGAGGACAAUAUUCGCAAACGCGCAAGAUGCGAACUUGCUCUUUGACAUUCAGAGCAACGAGUCUCGAAAUAAUGAAAAAUCUCGCGAUAGGCGCGGGAAGCAGCGGUAUGCACUUUAUCAGAUGCAUACGAUCCGAUCUCGGCGAUAUUCCUCACGGCUUUUAUCGCGAAGUCGUUAGACAACAAAUAAGAGCAUUAGCAGUGCUUGACACAGCAAAAGCCAGACAACGCGGUUAUCCGUACAGAAUACCUUUCCAGGAAUUUCUACGAAGAUACAAGUUUUUAGCUUUCGACUUUGACGAGACAGUCGAGAUAACGAAGGAUAACUGCAGACUACUUUUGAUCAGAUUAAAGAUGGAAGGCUGGAUUAUUGGCAAGACUAAGGUUUUCCUCAAGUAUUACAAUGAAGAAUAUCUGUCACGUUUGUAUGAGACACAAGUGAGAAAAAUUGUAAAAGUACAGUGUAUGAUGCGUUCUUUCUUAGCGCGCAAAAAUAUUGCCUCAAAAAUCCACAACGUAAAAAAAGAGAUUGUGAAGAGAGCGUCAAUCAAAAAGGAAGGCUCGGUUACGGCAGAUGAAGCGGCAGUAAUGAUACAAAAAGCAUACAGAGGACACAUGGUGAGGAAAGAAAUGGGUCCUUUAAUCAAAGGAGAAAUGGAUCAAGAGACAAAGGAUUUCAUCAAAUUUUAUUAUACCAAAUGGAGAUCGAAGAGCAUUUUUCAAGUCCUUCUACGGUACCGUGCAGCCCGUUAUCAAGACCUCGUGCAAUUAUCGCAACAAGUUCAUCUAUACAAUCAAUCAAUAGUAAUAACUUUGAAGACAAUGAAUGAAUCUGUAUCUCUGAAUAAAGUUGAUCCAAACGUUAAAGCGGAUACCUAUAUGAAUAAUUUAAAACCGCUUCAAGUCCACAAACUACCUUUUAAUAUACAACAAGAAUUCCCGUACUUCGAUACGAGCUACAUGAACGAUCCUUCAAACAUAAAAAUUAAUCGCACAGGAUCUGCAUCAUCCAUGAUAAGCGACGACGAACGUGAAUCAUGGGAUGCGCCAUUACGAAGACAAACCGUACCCUGGGCCAACACCAAUACGCAUACUAGAGAUGUUGAAGUUCAAACGACAAACUCGCCGCAUCGCGUGCCCCAUCAUCGUGCGUCAGUCGGUGGAGAACAAAGCUUAAUCAACACUCCAUAUACCAGAGAUCCUAAUGUUCCAAUUCAAUGUCCACCGGAAGAGCAAUCUCGUCGCAACAGUAACAUUUCUGGCCAUCAACCUUCGAAUAAACGUUCUGUUCCAUCUACCGAGUCUCAUAUUUCUUAUUCUAACAAAAUCAAUAAUGCUGGAUCAGUACGCCUCAGGAAAAAAAUUCCACCUCCACCAAUACCAUGCAAUCAAACACAAUCGUCAGCAAUGAGCAAUUUUAACAACUAUGAAUUAAACUUUCGAUACAGAAACAACAUAGAUGAAAACACAGAGUGGAAUCUUGAAGAUAAAAGUAAUCGCAACAACAAUAAUCGCAUAAAUCCCAUCAAAGAAUUGGAAAUGAUUGGACGCAGAAACAAUAAUGACGAAGAUGAUGAUGCACCUCCGUUUAACUUUCAAGCGAUGCUUCGGAAAACGCCUCAUCAACGGGCCUCAAUGAAACGUAAUCCUGUAUAUGAGAGCGUCACGUCGUCAUCAAUCCAUCAGUCUUAUCGCGAUAAUCAAGACUUGUACGAAGCGAAUGUUGUCUAUAAGAGCGGCAGUAGACAUAAAGAUUCACCAGAGUGGAGUCCAAAUGAAAUAAUACGCAUGUCAGAAAAGUACGCAAGAGAAGAUGAGAGAUACGUUAACAAUGAUAAUAUUACCGCAGAGAUCGCACCGGGGAUUGUUAUUAAAGGUCACGUGGCCGAAUUAUAAGAAUCAUCGACCAGAGAUUCAAUUG